AUGGCUGAUGCACCUCCUCCCACUCCGACCGAGCUCCUCCGGAUGGUGACGGAGCUCCAGGAGGCAAACCAACGUAUGGCUGCAGCAAACCAGCAUAUGGCGGAGGAGAAUCAGAGAAUGCAACAGCAGAUUCAGCAACUAAUUAAUGCUCGUCUUGAACACAAUGAUGAUCGUCAGGAGCGACAUGGACACGUUGAACGCCAAUCCGAACCGACCCAUAUCUCGGAGACACCCCAGGACGACAAUACCAACCCCCGAAAUGAGGAACCUCAGCCAGAAGAUGAGGAUCAAGAACCUGACAACUCUGCUGGACCAUUUACGGCGGAGAUUAUGAAUUUUCAAUUGCCCAGACAAUUCACAUUGCCGACAACUUUAGUCCCCUACGACGGUUUAGGGGACCCCAAACAGCACAUAAAGAAAUUCCGAUCUAUAAUGAUUGUUAACGGUGCAUCCGAUCCGAUUUUAUGUCGUUGUUUUCCUUCUUUUUUGGAUGGCCCUGCACUUGACUGGUUUUGCUCUUUGCCUGUAGAUUCCAUCUCACGAUUCCAGGAGCUGGCAAAGCAAUUCGAAGAUCAUUUUGCGGCAUCAGCUAUAUACUUACAUGAUUCUGAUUAUCUAACCACUAUCAAGCAGGGCCAACAAGAAAGUCUGAAGGACUACAUUACUCGUUUUACAAAGGUAGCUAUGAAAAUCCCUGAUCUUCACCCAGAAGUCCAUUUGCAUGCCAUCAAAAGCGGCCUCCGCCCCGGAAAGUUUCAGGAAACCAUUGCCGUAGCUAAACCCAAGACUCUGGCCGAGUUUAGGGAAAAAGCCAAAGGACAGAUAGAUAUUGAGGAACUCCGUCAGGCCCGGAAGGCAGAGAAGUCAGCAACUACGAAGGACGAAGAUAAACCCCGGGAGACCAAAAGGAAUUUCCGACCAAUGCCCCGUUACGAGUCAUAUACCCAGUUCAACACCAAGCGAGACGACAUCAUCAAAGAAAUAUUAAAUUCCAAGCUAAUUAAGCCACCUCGCAAAGCCGGUAGUUACCCUGAGCCGAAGAAUAUUGAUAAGUCUAAGUAUUGCACAUUUCAUAAAAAAUAUGGUCACACGACCGAUGAGUGUGUAAUCGCAAAGGAUCUACUAGAACGCCUAGCAAGACAGGGCCACCUUGACAAAUUUAUCUCAGGUCACAUUUAA